CGUAGUAUCGCAAAUUAAGAUGACAAAGUUAAUGGAGUGGCUUUUAUUUGCUACUUUAUCUUUUGGCAUAUGGAUUGCUGUAAUUACAGAAAGUGUUAGUUCAUCUUUUAUUGAAGAAUGGCAACAACUUAUUCUUUUCUUUCCACUCAUUGCUUUAUUCUUGUGCGGUCUGUAUGCAUCUAUUACUAUUUUAUACAGGGUGUUCACAUUUCAUAAUUGUGAAAAUGCUGCUAUUGAAUUGCAGGAACAAAUAGAGGAAGCUAAAAAAGAUCUUCAAAGUAAAGGUGUGGUCUUGAAGGGCAAAUGA